AUGCAGAAAGAAGAUAGAGCUGGUGAUAAUAGAAUGUCUAGCAAGGAAGUGAAGACUGCCCUAAAAAGUGCUAGAGAUGCAAUCAGAAACAAAGAAUACAAAGAAGCUUUGAAACAUUGUAAGACAGUGUUAAAGCAAGAGAAAAAUAACUAUAAUGCCUGGGUAUUUAUUGGUGUUGCCGCAGCCGAGCUAGAACAACCUGAUCAGGCCCAGGGUGCCUAUAAGAAGGCGGCUGAACUAGAGCCAGACCAAUUACUAGCUUGGCAGGGGUUAGCAAGCCUAUAUGAGAAAUGUAAUCAGAUAAAUUCUAAGGAUGACUUACCUGCUGUUUACCAAAAGCUCCUGGAUCUUUAUGAAAGUGUUGACAAACAGAAGUGGUGUGAUGUCUGUAAGAAACUUGUGGAUCUGUAUUACCAAGACAAGAAACACAUAGAGGUGGCUCGAACAUGGCACAAAUUGAUAAAGAUGCGGCAAGAAGCAGGCGCAGACAAGCAGGAGCUUCAUCAGCUGUGGGUGAAAUUGACUCAGUUGCUGGCGGAGAGCACUGAGGAUCAGAAUAAUGAGACCCAGCAAUUGCUUUUAACUGCUUUUGAGAAUGCACUGGAUUUAUCAGAUAAGAUUCCUAGUGAAGACCAUCAAGUACUGUAUAGACAUUUCAUUCAGUGUUUAUCCAAAUUUCCUCAUGAGACUGCUAGGUUGAAGAAGGCCUGUGAAGGAAUGCUAAACAUUUACCCCACUGUGCAGUAUCCAUUAGAAGUGCUUUGUUUGCAUUUAAUUGAAUCAGGAAUUCUUUCUGAUGAGGGACAACAGUAUUGUUGUAGACUAGUGGAAAUGGAUUCAAAAAGUGGUCCAGGCCUCAUUGGUUUAGGCAUUAAAGCAUUACAAGACAAAAAGUAUGAAGAUGCUGCUAGGAACUUAAGAGAAGGGUUAAAAGAAAGUCCUCUCUGCACAACUGGAUGGUAUCAUCUGGCAGAAGCCCAAGUCAAAAUGCAUAGACCUAUGGAAGCUGUUCUUUCAUGCAAUCAAGCUCUGAAGAACAUAGAUAAUGUUGGUGUGUCUGGUGGCAGUCUUCAUCAGAAGAAUCUUUGUCUUCGUUUGAAAGCAGAGGCUUUGAUUAAACUCCCAGAUAAUGAAUCUGCAGAGGAAGCAAUUUGUACUCUUGACCAGGUUUCUGAUGCAAAUAAUAUCCCAGGACUUUUGGUUCUCAAAAGCUUGGCCUAUCUGAACAAAGGCUCAUUAAAUGAAGCUUCAAAGAUUAUGGAAGACGUUCUCUCUUCUUACCCUGACCUAGCUGAAGCUCAUGCCCUGGAAGCCUUUAUUCAUUUUACCAAAAAGGACUAUGUACAAGCAGAAAAAUGUUUUCAGAGAGCUCUUGAGAAAGAUGCUGAAGUUGCUGAAUAUCAUUACCAACUUGGGUUAACAUAUUGGUUCAUGGGUGAAGAAACAAGAAAAGAUAAAACUAAAGCUCUUACCCACUUUUUAAAGGCUGCCAGACUGGAUACAUAUCUGGGCAAAGCUUUCUGCUAUUUAGGUCAUUAUUACAGAGAGGUAGCAGGAGAUAAAAACAGAGCUCGUGGAUGUUAUAGGAAAGCUUUUGAAUUGGAUGAUACUGAUGCUGAAUCUGGAGCCGCAGCUGUUGAUUUAAGCGUGGAGCUUGAAGAGAUGGAAACUGCCUUAGCUAUCCUAACAACAGUAACUCAGAAGGCAAGUGCUGGAACUGCCAAAUGGGCUUGGCUUAGGCGAGGACUGUACUAUUUGAAAGCUGGUCAACAUUCUCAAGCAGUGGCCGAUUUACAGGCAGCAUUAAGGGCAGACCCAAAGGACUUCAAUUGUUGGGAAUCAUUAGGAGAGGCAUACUUAAGCAGAGGUGGCUAUACAACAGCCUUGAAAUCCUUCACAAAAGCCAGUGAGCUGAACCCAGAAUCCACAUACAGUGUGUUUAAGGUGGCAGCAAUACAGCAAAUCUUAGGCAAAUAUAAGGAAGCUGUAGCUCAAUACCAGCUGAUCAUUAAAACGAAAGAAGAUUAUGUACCUGCUUUGAAAGGUUUGGGUGAAUGCCAUCUCAUGAUGGCAAAAGCAGCUCUAGUCGAUUAUCUUGAUGGGAAAGCUAUCGACUACAUAGAAAAAGCACUGGAAUAUUUUACUUGGGCUCUGCAGCAUCGAGCUGAUGUGUCUUGCCUUUGGAAGCUAGUUGGGGAUGCUUGUACCAGUCUGCAUGCUGUCUCAGCAUCUAAAGUGAAUGUUAAUGUUUUAGGAGUCCUUCUAGGCCAGAAAGAAGGAAAACAAGUAUUGAAGAAAAAUGAGCUCCUUCAUCUUGGAGGAAGGUGUUACGGGCGGGCAUUAAAACUGAUGUCUACAUCUAAUACGUGGUGUGACCUUGGAAUUAAUUAUUAUCGUCAAGCACAACAUCUAGCAGAAACUGGCAACAACAUGAAUGAUCUUAAAGACUUGUUGGAGAAAUCAUUACAUUGUCUGAAAAAGGCAGUGAGACUCAACAGUAAAAGCCACUUACACUGGAAUGCUCUUGGUGUGGUUUCAUGUUAUAGUGGUAUUAAAAAUUAUGCCCUUGCUCAACAUUGUUUCAUCAAAUCAAUCCAGUCAGAGCAAAUUAAUCCUGUUGCAUGGACCAACUUGGGAGUGUUAUACCUUGCAAAUGAAAAAAUUGAGCAAGCUCAUGAAGCUUUCAAAACAGCUCAGUCCCUUGAUCCAUCUUAUUUAAUGUGCUGGAUUGGACAAGCUCUUAUUGCAGAGACAGUUGGAAGUUAUGACACCAUGGAUCUUUUCAGGCACACCACAGAACUCAGUAUGCACACUGAGGGAGCAAUGGGUUAUGCAUACUGGGUCUGUACUACAUUGCAAGAUAAAAGUAACAGAGAAACAGAACUGUACCGGUACAACAUCCUCCAGAUGAAUGCUAUCCCAGCAGCACAGGUUGUUUUGAGUAAAUACAUAGAAAGAAUCCCGAACUAUGCUCCAGCUCUCACAAUGUUGAGUUAUUUGAAUGAACAUCUACAGCUGAAAAAGGAAGCAGCAGAAGCACUCCACAGGGCAAUUUUGUUGUUACAGAAUGCAGAAGACCAGGUUAAUUAUCAUGAUGCAGUUAGAAAUUAUGGCAGAUUGUUAUGUUCUAUUGGUGAAUAUGAUAAAGCUAUCCAGGCUUUUAAGUCAACACCCCUUGAAGAGUUAGAAGACAUCAUAGGUUUUGCACUGGCUUUAUUUAUGAAGGGUCUGUAUAAAGAGAGCAGUAAAGCCUAUGAGAGAGCCUUGUCUGUUGUUGAAUCAGAGCAAGACAAAGCCCAUAUAUUGACAGCUAUGGCAAUAACGGAGUAUAAACAAGGAAAAAUGGAUGUAGCCAAGACAUUGCUGUUUAAAUGCUCUGUCUUAAAGGAGCCAACCAUAGAGAGCCUUCAAGCUCUGUGUGCCUUGGGAUUGGCAAUGCAGGAUGCUACACUGUCAAAAGCAGCACUUAACGAGUUACUGAAGCACGUCAAACAGAAAGACAGUGAUUAUCAGAGGUGCCUUCUUACUUCAGCGAUUUAUGCGCUGCAAGGCCGCAGUGUGGCAGUGCAGAGACAGGCAUCUAAAGCUGUUCACAGUAACCCAGCUGAUCCUGCUCUUUGGUCUCUGUUAUCCCGAGUGGUUGCUCAGUAUGCACAACGAAAUGCAAAGGGAGGUGCUGUAGCAGGAAAUGUGGCUCAUAUUCUGGACUCAAAUCAUGGAAAGAAGGCAUUACUGUACACUGCAGUAAAUCAGUUGGCUAUGGGAAGCAGUUCAGCAGAAGAUGAAAAAAAUAUUGCACUAAAGACCAUUCAGAAGGCAGCUCUCCUUUCUCCAGGUGAUCCUGCUAUCUGGGCUGGGCUAAUGGCAGCUUGUUAUGCUGAUGAUAAGCUGGCUCUAGUGAACAACACUCAGCCAAAAAGGAUGGAUUUGUAUUUGGCACUGUUAUCUGCUGUUUCUGCUUCAAUUAAAGACAAAGAAUUCUUCAAAAGUUACAACGAAUCUCUGGAAAAGUGGUGUCUCUCCCAAGCUGUCACUGGUCUAGUAGAUACAGGAAGAAUAUCCGAAGCUGAAGCCCUUUGCACAAAGAAUUUAAAAAGUAACCCUGACCAGCCAGCUGUUAUCUUACUUUUGAGACAAGUGCAGUGUAAACCACUCCUGGAAUCACAAAAGCCUCUCCCGGAUGCUGUCCUUGAAGAGCUGCAAAAAACUGUUAUGUCCAACCCAACCUCCGUCCCUGCGUGGCAGUGGUUGGCGCACAUCUAUCAGUCUCAAGGAAUGAUGGGUGCCGCAGAGAUGUGUUAUAGGAAGAGUCUGCAAGUUGCAUCCCAGCAGGGCAGUUGGAGUGGGAAGUUGUCGAGUCUGUUGAGGCUAGCUCUGCUCGCAUUAGAAGUCUGCAUGGCCAACAUUUCAAAUGAUCACUGGCCAUCCUUGGUUCAGGAAGCUACAACUGAGGCCUUGAAGCUUUGCUUUUGUCCGCUGGCUAUCCUUUUACAAGCUUUGCUACAGUUCAACCGCAAAAUGGGGGCAAGAGAGACACGGCGACUUUUGGAGAGACUGGUAUAUCAGCCUGGCUAUCCCAAAUCUAUUGUAUCAACUGCACGUUGGUACCUACUGAGGCACUUACAUGCCAAAAAUGAUGGCGAGCUCAUUAAUGUGCUGGUAAACGAUGCCAAAACUCAUGGAGAUACAAGAGCACUGGACCUGAAUCAAAAACUGUCCUCAUAA